GGGAUCAUAUGACAUGACAUUCUGCAGAAAACCACAGCAUACUUCCUUCCAGAGUUCAUCCAUCAGCUGCUUUUCAUCACGGCAGGUUUAUACUCCGCCUGCUCUGCUUCAGGAAGGACGGCACGGGAGCUCACUUCUGCCUGCAGCUACCUGACAAGCCCGGAUCCUGGCAGUUAUUUAUCCUUGUCCCUGCGCAGAUGCCCCGGGGCCUGCGGAGGAGUAGCUGCGCGCAGUAACGCGGCGUGGCGGAGGACCACUACUACGGCGUCUUACCCCUUGCUCGAUGAGGGACCGCAGUGUUAUGAUCAUCGUGAGGGAGCAGCCCCUUCGAGCGGACCACAGUCCCGAGGUCGUUCGUCCUUCUCAGGCUAGUGUGCAGUGCACCUACCGCCGCGUUUCCACCGCACCUUCUGGGCGUCAGACGGAUUAGGUAAAUCGGUGCGCUGAUCGCACGCCACCCCGCUAUUGGUGGCUCUGACCUGUCGCUGUCAAACUGCGAAGCUGAUCCAAUUAAGUGUUUAAAGACGAGGGGACUAAGAAUAGCGCCAAUUACAGCAAAAAGUUUCAGAUCUUGAGCGUAUGGCGCUGGUGGCAGCAGCUCAGAUGAACGGGGCUCCAUUUCUACUGAAUGUCAUUGAUGAUUUACCUGCCGGAGGGGAGCUGCCUUCACCGCUCAGCAAUGCGAUGAUCAGGAGGAUUAUUUCGGAUCCGAGGUGGCAGCGCUGAAGACAAUACCAAGAGUCAGACCGCUGGCAUCGGUGCAUAUCUCACCAGGUAAGGUGUCUUUAUCACUGCCAUCAUCACCUCCACCGCUGCUGCUGCUGCUGUGUCAGACACAUGAUCGCCGUUUGAAACAUUCACAGGUUUCCACUGAAAUACACCUAUAAGACAAGACCCCACUUAGGCCCUAAAACCAUCACUGGGACAUCUUAAUCGUGGUUGUUUAGUGGACAAGUUGGCUGCGACCUGUCAUGGAAUGUGCUGUCCUAAUUCCAGUGUCCUCCAUUCCAUGCUGUUGAUAGUAGCAGCAUCGCCGAAUGCAGCCUGGAUUUUCAUCAGAAAAUACUAUCACCAUCAAAACUGUGGAGUGGCUCGUAAAUCUCACCACAUAUAUGCUAUGAGAAGUGUGACUCCUAUAGUGCAAGUUAAUUAUACAGAGAAAAAGAUAACUGUCUAUAAAAUGGAAUUGAAAUAAGUGUUGCAUGAGGAAAAACACUUACAUAAUAAAGAGUCCCAUGGAAACAAAGCACAAUGUGAGUCCAGUUUUUACAACCUCACUGCAGCAGCAUGCACCUGUAGACCAACCCACUGUAAUAAGUGAGACACACAGGGCUACUUUCAUACUGUCAUAUCACUCGUUGUGUUAUUGGGCACCUUUAGAUUGUUUACAAUGGAGCCUGUGUCGGCCAGUAAUUUUGUUAAAGGCCACUCCUGGUCUCUUUUAAACAACCUUGAAGUCAACAAUGUAGGCGUUGUAAGCAGAGGAUGAGUUCAGUUUAAAAGAAGGAUUUAAUCAGGUCUAAAGUAAUUGAGUCGCCGUCACUGGGAGACUGAUUGUUGUCGUGGGAUUGGGAAUAUUCCACUUCAGUUCAAUUCAUUUGAGUAAACAUGCAGUGGGCAAGGCAAAUAGAUGCUUCAAGGUAUGUUACAGCCAAUGCUAUUUUUGUGCCAUAAACAAUGUAAACAAGCAAAACUUUUACAAUCAUCAUGGACUUUGAUAAUGACUGCGUGUUGUGCGCGUCUUCUAGUGAGUAUCCGUUUUGCUUGAAUGAAGUGCGACUCUAAAGCUCAAUAGCGUGCUGUGUUUUACAACACAACACAGGAGGAUGACAGUGUUGCAGCUCCUCAUAAGGGCCCCGGGGUCAGCAGAAAGCCUAUUAGGACCUGGGCGUGCAGGAAGAGCAGCAACACUGAGACUAAUGGACAAAGAUAAUCUAGUCAGAAUUCUUGGAACAGACUAUUUCCAUUGGAGAUUCCCAUGACCACCCCUCAUGACUGAACACCAGAUGGCCCUCAACACCUUCUGGACACGCUUUAGCUGAGGCCGAUUGGAUCCUGUUGAUGGUCCUGUUGGAACAAUACUCCUAUUCAUCAAUACUGGAUGAGUGAUUUCCUCUCUCAGGUGCAUAUUAGGAAUGUGUGCAGGAUGAGCAGCACCUUCGUGACAUUAGCUGAAGUACUGGAAGCCCGAGGGGGCCCCCUGCUGGAGGAGGAGGUCUGGUCUCUGCUGCUGCUCACUGCAGAGUCUUUAGUGGAUGUCUACUACAAAGGUCACAACAAUAUGUGCAGCAUCAUCAGUCCGUCCUCCUUGUUGCUGUCAGUCACCGGUACCUUAGCGUUUAAGAGCUGUGGCCUCUCCGAUGACGUGUCCACCUUCACCGCUCCGGAGAUGCUCCAUGGUCGCGCCAGCUCAACCAAACCUGCCAUAGAGAGGAUGCUGGUGUAUUCACUGGGUAUGACUCUCUACUGGUCAGUUGAUUUUCAUCUACCUCAAAAUCAGCCGGUCCAGCUGAGUGAUCGUCUCAACAGCCUGCUGCUCAGCAUGUGCGAGGAUCUGUCCCAUCGCAGGGCCAAUCUCAGCUCCAUCCUGGAAGCCUGCGAAUCUCACCAAAAAGCCUCCAUCCUGCCACCGCCUGCCAAUGUCAUCCGACACCUGGUGGAGGAGGUCUUCCAUGAAUCAAUGGACAAUGAAACUCCUCCAGACAGCGGCAUUCUUCUCAGUGGCCGAAGCCAGAUGAUCAGAGAAAGGCUUCAUGGGAAGCGCGGCCCAUUUUCCGACUUCAAUGAAAGUUUUGGGGAAGGACGGAGAUACUCGACAGACUCUGACUCAAAGUCAGGGAGUCUACCUCAGAGGUCUUGGAAACACAGACCACGAAGUUCACCUUUGUACCAGAGUUCUCUGGAGAGACUUCCAAGAGGGGUUCGUCACAGGGACAGUACCUGCAGUUGGUUGGGUCGAAGCCCCCAACAUGACAUCUCCCCCAAAACUCCGGGGCGGUCGCACAGUCCGUCCAUCACCUUCAGCGAGUCCUCACUCAGUCUGAGUCAGAAGAAAUCCAAGGCUUUAGGUCCAGAAUUUAUCCGGAUGUCAGAGGAGCAGAUUGUUUUGGAGCUUCCAGGAUCAAUUGUGUCCAGAAAGGGCCGCUCAUGUUCGUCUCAGAGAGAAGUGACUGUUGUGAUGCCCAACGGACAAUAUGUGGUGGUUCGCUGUGACAUAAAGUCCAAAGCCAGAGACGUGUUUGACAUGGUGGUGGCUCACGCAAACUUAGUGGAACACUUCUACUUUGGUCUUGCCUUUCUAGAUGAUGAUGAAUAUUUCUUUUUGGAACAUGAAACAAAAAUAUCCAAAGUCGCCCCUGACAGUUGGAAAAAAGGGCAGAUGACUUCUUUUUUGGUUUUCCUCCGCGUCAAGUUCUUUGUUGACGACAUCUCUUUUAUUCUACACAAACUCACCCGCCACCAGUACUACUUGCAGAUGCGGAAGGAUAUUUUGGAAGACAGACUUUACUGUAAUGAAGAGACUGGCUUGUUUUUAGCAGCUCUCGCCCUCCAAGCUGAGUUCGGGGAUUACCUGCCUGAGUUGUAUGGUAAGAACUAUUAUCAACCAGAGCACUAUGUGUCAAAGAGGAUGCUGGAAAAACUGGCUUUGCCCAACGUUAAAGAAGAGUUGCCAAGACUACAUGCAAGUCAUUCGCAAAUGCUUCCAGAGGAGGCAGAGAUAGAGUACUUGAAGAUAACGCAGCAGCUACCAGAGUACGGCGUCAUGUUCCAUCGUGUCGGGAGAGAAAAGAGGCCUGUGGUGGGCGAGCUGGUUUUAGGAAUCUGUGCCAAAGGAAUCGUAGUGUAUGAGAUGAAGAACCACAUCCGAGCUGUCACUAGGCGCUUUCUGUGGAGAGAAACAGACUCCAUAUCCACCGGGCGACGCAAACUCAUCAUAGAAUGUGGCGGGCCCAGCGGAAAGAAGCACAGCUUUGUGACCGAGAGCUCGAAGAUAGCACAGUACCUGCUGAGCCUUUGCUCCGCACAGCACAAGUUCCACAGCGAGAUGACGUCACGACAACUCAACCACAGCAUGAUGCCAGAGGACAGCUUGUCCAUCUACCAACACAACAUCGACUUGAAGAGAAUGUCCUGCUCCGAGGGAAUGUUGAACCACAUUGGGUUGUCGCCUGGUCGAAAGGACUCCAUCUCCAAAUCCUGUGAAGACAUCACUGCAAAGAUGGAGGCGCGACUCCGCCAGCAGAGGGAACUAAGGCGAGAGAUGAGCAGGGAGUUGAGGGAGAAAGAGUCUCAUUCUGAAUCUAGGGACAUCAGCGACUUGAAGGAUCGGCCAUAUUGGAGCACUCCGGAGCCGAUUCCUAGAAUGAUGUCCAGUGUCUCUCUCCAGAAACAGGACUCAGAUGCCUCUUCAUCCAUACGAGUGGACACCCCGACCAGAGCCCCACCGGAGAGGGAGAUCAUCUGUGUCACCAUCAAGAAGGACCCUAAACUUGGCUUCGGCUUUGUGAUCGUUGGAGAGGACAAUACGGGUAAACUUGACCUUGGGAUCUUCAUUGCUUCCAUUGUGCCUGACGGACCCGCGGAUAAAGAUGGGCGAAUCAAACCUGGGGGGCGACUCAUCUCCCUGAAUAAGAUCAGCUUGGAGGGAGUGACCUUCAGCGACGCUGCAGCCAUCCUACAGAACAGCCCGGAUGAAAUCGAGCUCAUUGUUUCGCAGCCAAAACAGUCUUUGAGGGACAGCAAGAAUUCCCUCAGCCAAAGCACACUUGGUUUGGCACUAGAGAAGGGUUUUGGAUCUCAGACAACUCUCAGUGGAACAGAGUACCGUCCAGCCGUGGAAGAACUGGAGGAGGCCAUCACCCUGUCCAGCAUGGCCACCCCGAAACAGAGCAGGAGGCUUCACAUACCAGUCGUGCGAAUACAUGACGCACAGGAAGUUUGUCCAAGGUCACCCUCAGUUUUGAGCCUGAAAACAGGAGAGAGAUUCAUGGUGGAGCUGAAGAAGAGCAACGGCAGUCUGGGCAUCAGUGUGGCCGGAGGAAUCAACACCAGUGUACGAUAUGGAGGAAUCUACAUAAAGAGUUUGGUUCCAGGAGGCGCUGCUGAGCAAGAUGGACGCAUUAUGACCGGUGACAGACUGCUGGAGGUUGACGGGUCCAACCUGCGGGGCGUGACUCACCAGCAAGCUGUGGAGUGCCUGAAACGCACGGGGGAGGUGGUGAGCCUGCUGUUAGAUCGGGAACCAACCAUCAUCUUGGAUCCCAGAUCAGACUCCCCCCAGCCUCCCUCGGCCAUCAGUGCAACACACACACAGCCCUCCAGGACUGAAGUCUCUGUGGAAACGACCUUGAGUGGUCGAGUGAAGGACUACAGCUUUGUGACCGACGAAAACACUCAUGAAGUGGUGCUGAAGAAGAGCUUAUCAGGAUUGGGCUUCAGUUUUCACAUUUCCAAGCUCAACAGCGCAGAUCGAGCGAGCGUGGUUCGCAUCAAACGCUUGUUCCCGGGACAGCCAGCCCUCGAGAGCGGUCUGCUGCGUGAGGGUGAUGUCAUUUUGUCUGUCAACAAGGAGCCUGUCAGGGAUCUCUCCUAUCAGAGAGUCUUGUUCCUGCUACGUGGAGCUCCCUCUGAAGUGCAUCUGCUAAUCUGCCGUCCGGGGCCAGGCGUGCUGUUUGAGGCUGACGACAACACACUGAGUCCCGUACCCAUCCGAGGAGUUCGAUCCAGAUCUUUGGACAUCCGACUGGGAGAGGACUACAGUGAACUCCUGAGGUUCAAAUAUGAUGUAUCAAACCUAAAGCAGUUGUCUGAUCAAGAAGAUCAGGUGACAAAGGAGGACGCUCCAGAUCCCGCCGCUGAUUUAGUACUUCCUGAUAGCAAGGAAUGCCUUGACGGAAAAGAAAGUGCGGACCAAACACACCCAACUAGCAACCAGGCGGCUCCGUCUCCCCCUCGGUCUCCUCCAUCACCGACCUCACCUACCUCACCGCCAUCACCACCGUCACCAGUCUCCCCAAGCUCCCCCAUCUCCCCCAUGUAUGAUGGCGUGCCAACCCAGCUUGUGUUCAGACCGAGUGCUGUGAAAGAAGAGCGACGCCCAGCAUUGGAAGAGAAGGAGGAAGAGAAGGAGAAGGAGAAGGAGGGGGCGCUGGCAACAAGCUCUUCUGUCAUGUUCAUGGACGUCUGUUCAAAGACAGCAUCAAACACAACUUAUACCAGUGGUAUCAGAGAAGAGGCAGAUGGCAGUGUGACCUACUGCCUUGUGGGAAAUGGACUGACCAUCAUGGCAGAUGAGGAGUACUUGACCAUCAGCUCUACACUGGAACCUUCUCACAAUCAUCCUUUUGGACCAGUAUCAUCCCCACCCAGCCUCACAGUUCUCGGCAAUCAGAACCCAAACACUCCCUCUGGCUUCAGCUCUCAGAAUCCAACUCCUCACUUCCCGGGCACGUCCACCUUGCCGCUCAGCCUUUCCUCUGACACGCUGACCACCUGCACGCUUGCACACCCUUCUCAGCCUCUCACAACGCAGCCAGUCAAGCACCACCCGAUUCAGCAAGGGAUGGUCCCACUUCAGUACAAAUCGAAGAACACCAGGACAAUCUUACCCCCGGCCCCGGCAGUGACCCCAAUCACAGCCCAUGUAAUCUCCUCUCCUCCUGCUCCCAUGCUUCCUGCCAAAAUACUGCCCACAGCUACACAAAUCCAGAGGAGAGAGGAACCAGAGAAGAAUACAAGAGAAUACAAGGAUGAUGAUGACGAUGAUGUGGACGAGGAAGAAGAAGAGAGCAGAAGAAAGGGACUGGUGAAAGAGUUUGAGUUGACCGUGGUUCUGACCAAGUCGAGAAGUGGCAGCUUCGGGUUCACCAUCACCCGCAGCAAACUGGACAACUGCUAUUACAUUCAGGAAAUACUUGACAAUCCUGCCAAGGCAGACGGGCGCCUCAGAGCUGGAGACCGGCUGGUCACGGUGAAUGGACAUGAUGUCACAAGUGUGGCCGACGAUGUUGCCAUGACGAUACUCAGGUCUUCGCCAAGAAGACUGAGCAUGACUCUUGGCAGAGCCGUGACCAACCUGGUGGCACCUCCACCCUGUGACAGCCUGCCAGACAUUGUUCUCCACAAGACUCCAUCAGGACAGCUUGGUAUAAAGCUGACGGGUGGUAUUGGCAGUAAGUGGCAGGGUAUUUACUGUCUGGAGGUGGUGCCAGGCUCUCCAGCCAGUGAGGAGGGCAGCGUCCAGCCCAAUGACAAGAUCCUCUACAUAUGUGGCAGGUGCACUCUUGGGAUGACCCUGGAGGAUGCGGUCAAAGCCUGCGAGAUCGCCCCCCGUAAAGUCAAACUUAAAGUCAUCAGAGAGGAGACACCUGUGACCCCAAAAGCCAAGUGGAAUGGUCUGUUUGACUGGAAAAAAGACAAGAAGAUAUUUGCUCGCUUUGAGGACCCUGCUUCUCCAGACAAAGACCAGACUCCUGAGAAUGCUGAAGCCGUCAGCAGGACUGCAGGGAACUUCAGACAUCUCUCCGUUGCACAAGAGCAGGAUAGCUGCAUCAUGCAGGUGGAGUUCAUGAAACCAGAGGGUGGGGGUCUUGGCUUUGCUUUGAUCGGUGGGACCAAUGGCAGCAUGCUGAGAGUGAAGGAAAUCUGCUCAGGGGGUUUAGCUGAGCAAGAUGGUCGUCUGAGAGUGGGAGACAUUCUACUCGAGGUGAACGGUGUCAUCGUGUCAGGACUCAGCUACAGCAAAGUGGUGGAUAUUCUACGUAAAGCGGAGGGCGCUGUGCAGCUCACUAUCUGCAGAGACAUCAUGCCCUUGACUUACUCUGAAACACCGGCACCACUAAACAUGUCCACUCAGACGGAAGCUAUUUUAACGCCGUGCUCGGCUCCUGUGUCUUUCCCUGACACCUCAACCUCACCUGACAUUAAUCUGAAUAAGUCAGUCGAGCAUCCCCCAGAAUUGGAGUCAGUGGUGAAGGAAUCUGUAGCUUUCAUCACCACCUCACCUCCACCUCCCCGGCAGCUGACAGUUGUGUCAGAUGACUGCGUGUUAAUUCAGGAGAGCUGUGAGAGCACCCCUUCUCACCAAACUUGCUGCCCCUCCCUCAGUGUCACUGACAUGUUGCAUGGAGCUUCUGACAGGAAACAUAUUGUGACCAAACUGUUGGACCAGUCCUGCAAAGACAUUCGGAAAUCCCAGUCGGAUGGCUGGAGCAGCGAAGACGAUGAUGAUGUUUUUGAUGCCACCAAUCAGGAAAUCACCUCGCCCCAAACAGGUCCUCCCAUUGUAUCAGAGGAGGAGCUUGCUAGUUUAGGAAUCAUCUGUCCAUCAAAGACCAGUCAGUACUCUGGUUCCAGAGUCAAAGCCCUCAUCCAAAUUCUGCAGCAUCAACUGGACCAGCAGGAAAUGGUCAAGGAAUUCAUGGCUCUGGAGCAUCUGAAGCCAUCUGAUAACUGUCUGGUGGGAAAAGCUCCAGAAAACAGAGACAAGAAUCGCUACAGAGACAUCCUACCAUAUGACGCGACUCGGGUUUCAGUCGGAGAGAACCAGGAUUACAUCAACGCCAGCUAUAUCCGCAUGCAGAUGGGUGACUUUGAAUACUUCUACAUAUCCUGCCAGGGGCCCCUGCCCUCGACUGUGCCUGCGUUCUGGCAAAUGAUUUGGGAAAACAAAUCCAAUGUCAUCGCCAUGAUGACGCAGGAAGUAGAGAAGGGUCGGGUCAAAUGCCACAAGUACUGGCCCGAGAGACUGGACGUGCCUAUGGAUGCUGGAAGAUACAAACUCCACCUGGAGAACCAGCAGUUCAUGGAAUACUUUCACAUAAAAAUCAUCCGUAUUGUGGAAACAGAGACAGGUGACACGCAGUUCGUCUACCACUUGAAAUUCACACACUGGCCUGACCACGGCGUCCCUCGCGACUCAGAGCAGUUGGUUCGUUUCAUCCGCUACCUGAGAGCCGUGCACCAGAAGGGGCCGGUGACCGUUCACUGCAGCGCCGGGAUCGGACGAACCGGAGUGCUCAUCUGUACCGACGUCAUUCUUAACCUCAUCGAAAACGAUCUACCGAUCAACGUGAGCGACAUUGUUAAAGAGAUGAGACUGCAGCGGCACGGGAUGAUUCAGACCAAGGAACAGUACCUCUUCUGCUACAAAGUCUGGCUGGAGGUUUUACAGGGAAUUUUACAGCUCCACGGCACCCAGUGGCAAUCGGACAGUCCCAGAGAACACAAACUAGUCUGAAUGCUUCCACCUUGUGCUAGUGUGACACUCCACUUGGUUACAUUUGUGUUGAGGCCUGUUGUUGUGAUGUUGAACAACCCGACUUCAGAUGUACACUUUUGUUGUCGUAUGUGCUCUUGGUGCUGUCAUCAAUCGGAGGGGAUUUUAUUUGAUGAUAUGUGACUUGCCUUUGUGUCAUUUACCUUUAUCUGCAAACGUCUAAAUGAUCAAAUCGCCCUCAGUCGGAUCAUCUCACCGUCGUUUUGAUGCGUCUAAGAAGAGCAGCGUCUGAUUGUGGUCCGGUCUCAUUAAGUGCAUUAGAACCCAGGAGGGGAAGGGCAUCAGCAUCAGGACGCUAUUACUUUUGCUGUCAAUCACCUGAGGAGAGGAGAAGAAUCAAGUGCCUUGAAUGACUCACGCCGCACCCCGAGUCGUCUUCAAUCGCUCGGGGACCGAGAGCAGCAGGCUGAACGGACAGUCUGUUCGGUUGGAGGUUUGGUGGACGCAAAAAACCACACCACGUGUGUAGCUAGUAACAGGCACAAUACUGUCUAGUCCACCCAUUAGUGUUGCUUUCUUUAUGACUCAUUUUGUACAAAAAAAGAAAAGAGAAAAAAAUGCACACCCUUAUACGGAUAAAGAGCGAUCCACUAAAAAACACUGGUCAAUUUUGCUAAAAUUUGGACGCGGGGUUUUUGGCAACAUUUGCAACAAGUUGCUGGGCUUUUGGCAAAAAAUUGUUAUGUGACAUCUUUUAUCUGUAUAUCACAGCUAUUUUAAUACAAAUUCAGCCAAAAUGAUUAAAAAAAAAAAGCAACAACACAAACGUUUACACAGAAAACUGUCACAGAUCAACCUUGUUAGUUUCAGCUGCUGUCACAAACCACCAGCUCAUGCAUGCAGGAGGACGAAUGACUCGAAUAUUAACAAGCUGUGGAAUGUAACAAAGCAAUACGCACCUGGAGAGGAUCCGAACUGUCGGGAGCAUGUUAAGAGUCACACGCAGACAGAGCUUCUGCACUGUGAAUGCAUCAUCUGAGGCGAUCGUUCUUGAAAGCACAUUGUUUGCACUCAUUUGUGAAAAUGCAUCGUGUACAGGUCAAGCAAGUGCUUAUGCAACGGCAUUGUGAAGUGUAUUAAUCCUUAAUGGCACAGCCGCUUUUGUGUAUUUAUGAUAAAUUGAUAUCCUGUCACUGUACCAGCCGCUAUGUAACCGAUAUUUCCCACACAAUGUAAUACCUCUGUCAUUAAAAACUAU